AUGAGGUGCGCCACGGUGGCUGUCGUCAUUGCCUUCACCGUCCUUGCCAUCGCCGCUGCAUCCACGGGCGCCACUGCCGCCGGCAGGGGGAAGCCGUGCGCUCCCGCUUCCGGCGGCGUGUACAUCGUGACGGUGAAGCCCUCGGCCGGCGCCAUCGACAGCCGAGCGUACUAUAUAAGCAUCCUCGCCGCCGUGGUUGGAAGGUAUACAUAUCAAAGAGCAUUUCCUAUCGUCCGAGCUAGAGAGUUCUUUUUUCUUCUUCUGAGCAGUUCUAAGGCGGAGGAGGCGUUGAUCUACAGCUAUACGACAGCACUCAGCGGGUUCGCGGCGAAGCUCACGCCGGCGCAGCUCGCCGUGUUGCGGAAGCACCCUGACGUCCUCCAGGCUCUGCCUGACGUGAAGUACUCCCUUCAUGAUCACGACAAUCUAAACUGA